AUGCUGCGGGUGCAGGAGAAGCUGGAAGCAGAUGUGCUGCUGCUGGAGAACAAAAUCUACGAAAUGGAAGGAAACUAUUUGGCAGCAACAGCAGAUGUUGGAAAUAUGAUUCGCGGCUGGGAGGGCUACAUAUCCUCCGCCACCAAGACCCGCCGCCCCGCAGCCAAAGCUGCCGGCGGCGCCUCUGCUGACCAAGAGCGUUUGUUUUCCCUCACCAGCUCCACCAGCCGCGCCUCCCGCGAACUCACCUCCGCAGCAGCAGCGGCAGCAGAAGACCCGGAGAGGCCGCUGCUGGGAGGCCCGAGCAGCAGCAGCAGCAGCGCGAACUGGAGCAACGGCGCUGCUUCUCAAGUCUCCAACAGCCGCAACUCUGCAUGCAGCAGCACAAAUGAGCUUCCAGCAGCAGAAGCUCGUCAGGAGCAGCAGCAGCAGCAGCAGCAGCAGCAGCAGUGCCUGCGGCCCUCGCUGCAGACCCCGCAGCGGGCAGCGCCUGCCACGGCCGCAUGUGACAGCGCCCGCAGCAACUCGCGGCUGCAGCAGCCGCUGCAGCAGCAGCAGCCGCAGCAGCAGCAGCAGCAGAAGCCGCAGCCGCAGCAGUAG